AUGAGAUCUGAAGGCGGGAGGGUGAAGGACUUCCGGUACUCGACACCUGCCCCACGCUUCCUGCAGACGAAGGACACCUAUACGUACCACAAAGGGGAGCGGGCCAUCCUGUACUGCUCCGUCAAAUACCUGGGCACAAAACCGGUAAGCUGGAGACGCGCCAACGUAAGCUACUUCUUAACAAUCGGUACCCUGCCUAUGACGAGCGACCCUAGGUUCGAGGUCGCUCACAUCGAGGAUUCCCCCGACUGGAAUAUGAUGAUAUACAACGUAACGACCACGGACAGCGGAAUGUAUAACAAUAACAGGAUCACUUCAUCCCGACAGAGUAACACUACUGUUAUCACUGUGCAAUGUGUCAGGGGAAGUACACCUCCUGAGUCAAUUGACUGGUUCAAAGACGGGAUAAAAUUGUUCCAGACGGACGGAAAAGAGUGGAAAUGCGUAAGCUGGAAACGCGCCACUGAAAGUUACUUGUUAACAAUCGGUACCCAGCCUAUGACGAGCGACUCUAGGUUCGAGGUCGCUCACAUCGAGGAUUCCCCCGACUGGAAUAUGAUGAUAUCCAACGUAACGACCACGGACAGCGGAAUGUACGAGUGCCAGAUCAGUUCGCGGGACCGAUACCUCCGCAAGGAAAACCAGACGACGCUAAGACCAGUUACAAACUUGAUUCCGGCUCAUCUGCAAGUCAGAUGGUGA